AUGACAAAACUCCCUGUGUAUAUGCAUGAUAGGUGGAGAAAUGUUGUACUGAAAACUAAAGAAGCCAAGAAGACAGUGAAGUUUAAAGAUUUUGUAAGUUUUGUGAAAACAGAAGCUAAGAAAUCGAAUGAUCCUACGUAUGGUAAUGCAUCUAUUGGUGGAAAUUCCAGAAAUCAAGAUCGUAACCAGAAGAGAGCUGUUGCGUCUACUGAUGUUAUAAGUGAAGUACAAGACUUUAACGUACGAGAACAGAAAUGUGAAUUCUGUGAAAGUAGUACCCAUGCACUGAAUGACUGCAAGAAGUUUGUAACCAAAGGACUUCAAGACAGAUACAACUUCCUGCGAAAUAAUGGACAGUGUUAUGGAUGUCUUAGGAAAGGCCACAUAACUAAAAAAUGCAAAGCAAGACUUAAGUGUUCCAUAUGCAGUAGGCGUCACCCUACGAUCCUACAUGAUCCUGCGAAAUGUGUAGCAAAACGUACAGAUGAAGACAAAGAAAACAUUAAUCCUAUGUCAACAGAUAUCAAAACUACAUGCAAGUUCUCCAAACCUCACAUCAGUGCCUUUAGUGAUAAAGGGGCCGGAGAAACAACCUGUGCUAUGGCAAUAAUUCCAGUGAGAGUAAAACUGAAAAAUAAACCGUAUAGCAUAGAAACUUAUGCAUUCUUUGACUCUGGCAGCAGUGUGUCAUUUUGUACAGAAAACAUAAUGCAUAGGCUUGGAGCAAAUGGCAAGAAGAAACAAAUCACCAUAAAGACAAUGGGGAAUUCUCAGAGGUUGAACACAUAUGUUAUCAGUGGUUUGCAAGUGUGUGGACUUUCAAUGGAACAUGUGAUUGAUCUACCGAAUGUGUAUACAAAGAAACAUAUGCCUGUAUCAAAAGAACACAUUCCAACGCAGCAAGAGUUAAAACAGUGGCCACAUCUGUCAACAAUACAAACAUCAGAAAUAGAUGCAGAAAUUGGAAUUAUGAUUGGAAAUAACAUACCAGAUGCCUACUCUCCAUUGGAAGUAAUUGCUGGGCCAAGUGGUUCUCCCCACGCAACAAGGACACGACUAGGAUGGAUAGUAUGGAAUGUCAUAAGAGAAAAUGCAUCAGAUACAUUUGACAUAAACAGAGUAGCUAUAGAAGAUGCUCAGGAAAGAGACAUAAACUUAGAAAAGAUGGUGAAAGAUUCCAUAAACUAUGACUUUCCAGAACGUCUUGUGGAUGAUGUAAAAGAAAACUCUUUAGAAGAUAAGAGCUUCUUAACUCAAGUUUCAGAAUCUAUUCACAUUCAGGAUGGUCAUUACUCAAUUGGACUUCCGUUUAAGGAUCCCUUAAUUCAGUUACCCAACAAUAUCAUGCAAGGAUUUCAGAGACUUAGGAGUCUAAAGAAGAAACUGAUAAAGGAUCCAAAGGUUAGAAAUGACUAUGAGACUUUUAUGAAUAAGCUGUUUGAGAAGGGAUAUGCAGAACCUGUUCCUCAAAGUCAGCUACAAAGAGAUGAUGGCAGAGUAUGGUACCUACCGCACCAUGGAGUUUACAACGAUAAAAACCAGGGAAGAUUAGAGUUGUGUUUGACUGCUCUGCAGUGUAUAUGGGGAUUUCACUAA